CAGAAAGAUCCCCUCUUCGUCCUGCAGUAGAAAGCAGCCUCAACCAGGACUAGGAACUUGGCUUGGCACCCCAGGAGAGGAGGAAGGGAGCCGCCAUGAACGCCAUCGUUGUCCUGUGUCACUUCUGUGAGUUGCACGGGCCCCGCACGCUCUUUUGCACGGAGGUCCUGCACGCACCCCUUCCGCAAGGUGCGGGAAGCGGAGACAGCCCCGGGCAAAGCGAGCAGGUAGAAGAGGAGGAAGGGGGCAUUCAGAUGAGCAGCCGGAUCCGCUCUCACAGCCCCGCGGAAGGUGCCAGCACAGACUCCAGCAGCCCAGGGCCAAAGAAGUCAGAUAUGUGUGAAGGGUGCCGUUCUCUUCCUGCAGGACACCCAGGCUAUGUCAGCCAUGACAAAGAGACCUCAAUCAAAUAUGUCAGCCACCAGCAUCCGAAUCAUCCCCAGCUCUUCAGCAUUGUACGCCAGGCCUGUGUCCGGAGCCUCAGCUGUGAGGUGUGUCCGGGACGGGAAGGCCCCAUCUUCUUUGGCGACGAGCAGCACGGCUUUGUGUUCAGCCACACCUUCUUCAUCAAAGACAGCCUGGCGCGGGGGUUCCAGCGCUGGUAUAGCAUCAUCGCCAUUAUGAUGGACCGCAUCUACCUCAUCAACUCGUGGCCCUUCUUGCUGGGGAAAGUCCGAGGCAUCAUCGAUGAGCUGCAGGGCAAAGCACUGAAGGUCUUUGAAGCAGAGCAGUACGGAUGUCCGCAGCGUGCCCAGCGUAUGAAUACGGCCUUCACGCCUUUUCUGCACCAGCGGAAUGGAAACGCGGCUCGCUCUCUAACCUCUCUGACGAAUGACGAGAACCUGUGGGCGUGCCUCCAUACUUCCUUUGCCUGGCUCCUGAAGGCCUGUGGGAGCAGACUCACAGAGAAACUGUUGGAGGGAGCACCCACAGAGGAUACCCUCGUUCAGAUGGAAAAACUAGCCGACCUUGAGGAAGAAUCGGAAGUCUGGGAUAACUCCGGGGAGGAGGAAGAGGAAAAAUCUCCCAGCCAAGCAAAAAUAAGAGAAGGCUGCGAACUGAUCAAGAGCCCGACCGAUUCCUCUCUCAUGGUCGAUUGCGGUAGCUGGAACGUAGCGCCCAGAAGUCAGUCUGUCUUCCGAUCACUCCGACAUUUGAGACAGGUCUUGGGGCCGUCGGCUUUCCGCAUGUUGGCAUGGCAUGUGCUCAUGGGGAAUCAGGUCAUCUGGAAAGCACGGGACCAAGACCUUGUCCAGUCCGCCUUCGAUGUCCUACGGACUAUGCUGCCCAUUGGUUGCGUCCGUAUCAUCCCUUACAGUGACAAGUAUGAGGAGGCUUAUAGGUGUAAUUUUCUGGGCCUCAGUCCCCAUGUGCAAAUCCCAUCCCACAUAUUGUCUUCUGAAUUCGCCGUCCUUGUGGAAGUCCGUACUGCCACCAGGUCAAGCCUCUAUCCUGUCUUGUUUGACGACGAACAGCCGCUCAGCAAAUAUGAAUUUGUGGUCACGAGCGGGAGCCCUGUGGCAGCCGACAGAGUUGGUCCCACCAUCUUGAACAAGAUGGAAGCUGCCCUGACGAACCAGAACCUCUCGGUGGAUGUAGUGGACCAGUGCCUCAUCUGCCUGAAGGAGGAAUGGAUGAAUAAAGUCAAAGUCCUCUUCAAGUUCACCAAAGUGGACAGCAGGCCCAAAGACGACACCCAGAAGUUGCUGAGCAUCUUGGGAGCUUCUGAAGAGGACAAUGUGAAACUCCUGAAGUUCUGGAUGACUGGCCUGAGCAAGACAUAUAAGUCACACCUGAUGUCAACAGUUCGCAGCCCAACUUGUUCGGAGUCUCGAAACUAGCCUGGAGCUCCUCAGUUUUGCCUGGGAAAUUACUUUCUUGAACCUUCAACCUGCGUGGGCUGGGCUGCUCCAGUUCAGAGGACAGAUUAGGAUAAGGAUGCAAGGCAACCUGGAAUCCUGAUGGGUCCAUACUGCAUAAAUGAAACCUUAGUCUUUUUUUAUUGAUGAAAACAUUUCCGCCUGAAAGGCGCAUUCUCCGAUUUACUGCCAUUAAACAGGGGACUUUAAACAUC